AUGGACAUCCCCACCAUCUGCUUCGGAUUCACGCUCGGCUUCCUCACACUCACCGGUUCGUCCGUGUGCAAGCAGUCUCUCUCGGUCUAUAGACGCAAGGGCAAUGUCUGGAGUAUCUACUUGUUCAUGAUUUGGGCGGAGCUUCUUGUGAAUCUCACCUGGGCGAUUCUCGUGUGGCUUUUCCUACGAGGGGACAUCAAACCAAGUCUGGGCUUCUACCUCGGCCUUGUGAUGCUCUGGACCGUCCAGACACAGUGCCUGAUCCAGAUCAUCGCGAACCGCGUCUCGCUCGUCAUGACGGUCCGCGAGCAUGCGCGGCGGCUCAAGCUCGGUUUGCUCAUCGCGGUCGCCUUCAUCAACAUUUCUGUCUACUGCGUGUGGAUCCCCGCGCGCAUGGAAGUCAGCCCCACCUUCGUCCACGUCAACGAGAUCUGGGACCGCAUCGAGAAGGUGCUCUACCUCAUCAUCGACUUCGGCCUCAACGCCUACUUCCUGUGGCUGGUGAGGAGUAAGCUCAUCGACCGCGGUUUGACGAAGUAUAUGGAGCUUUUUCGGUUUAAUGCCGGGAUCGUGGUGAUUAGUAUUGCGAUGGAUGCCUUGAUUUUGGGUAUGAUGAGUCUGCCGAAUACUAUGGUAUACACACAAUUCCACCCCCUCGCCUACGUCGUCAAACUCAACAUCGAACUCAACAUGGCCGACCUCAUCUCCAAAGUCGUCCGCAAGAAAGACCGCACCGACCGCCCGCACGACCAUGACUCCUCGUCCAACCCGUCCAAGGGCACCGAACUCACCUCCAAAACGCGCACAAAUAACCGCUCCUCCUUCCACAAAGCUAGUGGCACCGUGUUCCAGAUCUCCUCGGCGAAGUCCCCACAGCCACAUCAGGAUCGGGAUCGUAAGAGAGAGGGCGACGAGGAGGUGUGCAGCGAGAGUAGCAGCGAGAGCGGCAUUAAUUUCGUGGUGCCCGAGCGCGGCAUUGUGAAGACGGUGAAGGUGGAGACGGUGGCUGAUGAGCGGGAUGCGGGGACCGGGAGGGAGAGGGAUGUCGAGAGGGGGAGUACGAGUAGUAGUACGGCGAGGCUGCAUGCGGGGGAGUAUGAUUAUCUGCCUAGGGGUUAUCGGUAG